AUGGUUUCCGUGGCUUUAUAUGUCCCAUGGAACAACAAAAGGGGAUGUUGGUCAAAGCACAACCUUGGAUCGGUGUUUUUUAGACUGAUCGAAUCGGUGAAACUUGCUAGUAAUGAACGGGGCACAUGCACCGUUUGUGCUAGUGGCCUGGCCUGCAAGGUUGAGCCCUACAGGGCUUGGCUUUCAUCUGAGAGGGCCUAUGGCCUGGGGCCCGUAACCGCAACAGCUUCUAGAAUUGAACCCGAUGCGUGUAUGCAGAUUCUUGGGGUGGCACAUCUGGUUGUGUCGCUGGGAAUUAUGCUCGCCGCCGACAAGUUCCUCAAAAAGGCAUUCGUCGCCGCAGGCAUCAAGUUCCCAAGCGCCCUCUUCGGCAUGUUCUGUGUCUUCUCUGUGCUAGUCGUCUUCGACACAUUCGCGCCUCCUCUCGCGAAGGCGUUCAUGAACUUCUUUGAGCCUGCCACAAUGUUCAUCAAGAGGUGGCUACCCGUGUUCUACGUCCCGACACUGGUCGUGUUUCCGCUCGCCAUCACGGAAAUCCCAGCGGCUUCAGCAUUCAAGAUUUUUGCAAUCACUUUGGGUGGCUGGUUUGCUACCCUCACAGUUGCAGGAUAUUCAGUGUUAGCUGUGAGAAACCUUGUGAAUACAGAGCUUAUUCCAGAUACAGAGCCCGUGAGCAAGCCGUCGCCAUUUUCUACAUCGGAAAUCUGGUCAUGGACUGCUAUAUUGGUUGCAUCAUUUGGUGUUGCAUAUUUCAAUCCCACGGCACUUGGUACCACCGCAAAAACAUGCCUUCCUUUCCUGCUUGCUGCUAAUGUGCUGGGAUACAUGGUUGGUUCUGGGUUACCAGCUGGUGUCAAGAAAGUGUUGCAUCCAGUCAUCUCCUGCGCACUUUCUGCAGAUUUGGCAGCAGCAGCGUAUGGGUACCUCUCCGGCUCUGGAUUUGAUGCUGUGCUAGGUGAUUACCUCACAAAGGCGGCCUCUAAUCCUGGAGCCGGUGACAUACUGAUGGGUUUCCUUGGGUCUGUGAUCAUAUCAUUUGCAUUCUCCAUAUUCAAACAGAGAAAGCUUGUAAAGAGGCACGCAGCAGAGAUUUUCACAUCAGUUGCCAUUGGAGCUACAUUCUCUCUGUACUCAACUGCUAUCAUAGGGCGCCUGGUUGGGCUAGAGCCAUCGUUGACCAUAUCCAUGUUGCCAAGGUGUAUUACUCUGGCGCUGGCUUUGAGCAUAGUAUCUUUCUUUGAAGGAGUAAACUCUUCAGUAACUGCUGUCGUGGUUGUCCUUACCGGGCUCCUCGGUGCGAAUUUUGUGCUAGCAGCAAUGGAGAAAAUUGGUCUGAACGACCCCAUCUCCAGAGGAAUAGCGACAGCUGCCAGUGCUCAAGGACUGGGAACAGCAGCACUGUCAGCCAAGGAACCUGAAGCACUCCCUUUCUGCGCCAUCUCUUAUAGUUUCACGGGAAUUUUUGGCUCGCUGAUUUGCUCGGUUCCAGCAGUCAGGCAAAGCUUGAUAUUCAUAGCUGGUUAA